CCCAACUUUCUCUCCACUUUUUUCUUUCAAGUUUGAAUAUCUUACUACAGUCUUUUUCUAAUUUGUUUUUAAAAAAAAAUCAACCAUACACAUUCAUCAAAUCCAUAUUCAUGCAGCUGUUACAUUAUAUUAAAUCCUUACUCCCUUUUUGAGUGUGUGUGUAUGUGCUUAAUUAUAUUCCCUCAUCUCCAUCUCAAUCUCAAUCAUGUUUCCACUUUGAUUCUGAUCUAUCUGGAUAUCACAAUUCUAUAUUCAUGUCCCUUUUGAUCAAAGAUAAUUAGCUUCAAACUUAAAUGAAGAUCAGCAAAAGUCAUCUGAGUCUCCAUCGUCGUUCUUGAUUUUUUGUCUCUGGCAAUGGGAUCUACAAAUCUUGGUCUCAUUACCAUUGUAUUCUUCUUCUACGUCAUCUCUAAUUUACAAUCGAUGGUUCAUUGCAUUAACAACAUUCAAGAAUUGGACGAUCAGAUCCGUUCGUAUGCAGCUCGCGCCAAUAAAGGAAGACACACAGGCUCCUUGUACGAACUUUCACUUCCUGCGGAUCUAACCGACGUCAAAGCAUAUGUUGUCACGGUCCGUAACAGCAUGUUCUGGAGAAAAGGAGCAAAUUUUAGUGGAGUCUACGUUCCGCCCAUGGUCAAAACGAUGCCGUACGCUAAGAGGAUAGCUUUCGUCUACGAGACUCUCGGUGAUCACUCUUCGUCGGUUUACUUCCGGUUACCUGAUAAUUACUCUUUUAUUUCACCGGUUAUUGGAUUCACAGCAUACGACGCGACAAACACGAACGAUCUCAAAAGAUUGAAUCUUUCUAUCGAAGGAGACAAUCCAAUAACGAUCAAAUUUGAUCCUUACGUUCCACGUCAUCAGAGAAGAGAAAUCAAAUGCGUCGCCUUGGGAGACAGCGAGUCAUUGAGUUUCAGCAAUACGUCAAUGAAUUACAGUUGUGCCACUACUAAUUCUCAUGGCCAUUACGCGCUUGUUGUGGCUCUAAACCAAAAACACAACACGAGAUCAAAACUAGAUUUGGCUCGGAGAAAGUGGUGGUGGAUUGCUUUAACCAUCAUAGGAAUCUCGGUUUUGCUUUUUGUGGUGAUCGUUGGUGUGGUGAAGUUAGUGAGGAAGAAGAGGUUCAGAGAGAUGGAAAGAGAGUCUGAGAAGAGUGAGAUGGUCGGAAACAUUUGGAUUGGUCAAAGUAGAAUGCCGGCGGCAACGAUGGUGAGAACUCAGCCGUGUUUGGAAUAUCAUGAAGAUUUUCCUUCUUCAAAUAUACCUUGAAUUUUUGUAGUUUCUUGUCGGAAAAUUAAUUACCUUUGGCUUGGCUCUGUACAGUGAGUUAACAACAUUCAAAGUUUCCAUUUUAGUAACUUUCCAAGUUUGAUACGUUUUGCUUAUAUGCAUGAGUGAUUCGUUUUUCAGUCUCUGUUCUCAAUUCUUAUGCAUGACUUUUGGUUUUAAGUAGAAUAAAAAAUAAUAAACUGA